CAAAAAUAUUCCAGUCCGCCACGGGAUUGCCAGGAUUCAGUGCGGACAGCGGAUGCAUCCCUAUCAAACUCUUUAGCGGUGUUCUGAAAUCUUGUCAACAUUCGAUCAGCUCAUAAAGAGGAAAGUUCACUUGGAUCAGUAACUUACCCACGUUUUCACAAAACUGACAAUGACAGAUCGAGCAAAUAAUUUCCCCCCGCUGCCUAAGUUUCUUCGCAUAAAACCAUGUUUUUACCAGAACGUGGAUGAGGAAAUCCCACGACCCCACCAGCAGCUAGUGCGGCGUGUUUACAAUCUUUGGAUGCUGUACUCGAUAACACUGUGUGUUAAUGUGGUGGCCUGUAUAGCCUGGUGGGCCGGAGGGGGGGACGCGAUCAACUUUGGCUUUUCGCUCCUCUGGCUUCUGGUUUUCAGCCCAUGUAGUUUCACCUGCUGGUUCAGGCCGCUUUAUAAAGCUUUUCGGGCUGAUAGUUCCUUCAACUUCAUGGCUUUCUUCUUUGUCUUAUUCUUUCAAUGUGUUCUUGCUUUCAUCCAGUGUCUUGGAAUAUCCGGUUGGGGUGCGUGUGGUUGGAUCGCCACAGUGGUUUUUUUUGGCAAAAACGUGGUCUCUGCUAUAUUCAUGCUCAUCCCUACUGUGCUCUUUACUGUGGACACUGUUUUGAUGGCGAUUGUUCUCAUCAAGGUUCAUCGGCUGUAUCGUGGUGGAGGUGGCAGUUUGGAGCGGGCACAGGAAGAAUGGAGCACUGGCGUUUGGAAGAACGCCACUGUGAGAGAAGCAGGAUUCAAUGCCAUAUCUGAAACCGGCCCCAGUCUCCCACAAUACCCUGGUGCUGUGCCCAAUUACCCACAGAGCGGCCCGUGGUGAAACCUCUUUUGAACUGUAGAUGGUGCCAGAGUGCCACUUGUUGUCUUAACAUGAAACAGAGAAAGGCCAAUAUUAUGAAUCACUGCAUUAUGUGCCGAAGACUUUAAUAGACUUUUUUUUUUUCACUUUUGUACUAUACUUUCCUUUAACAUAGCUAAAUAUAUGUUCUAAUCUAAUAUUAAUUACCAAAGCAUUGCUUGUAGAUUCUCGCAUGAAAGACAUCUUAAGUUACACUUUCAUUUUCAAACAUGAUUUAAGUAGAAGAGGAGGUUUUUCAAAAUGGAAAUUUGUCAUUCUGGGGGAAAUUUUAGGCAAACACACCAGUAAUAUAUAUAUAAACAUUUCUUAUCUUAUUGCUCAGUCAGCUGCUCAUUUAAGUCAUCUCAAUAAUUUACAUAAAAUUCAACAAACACAAUUUUGGACAAAGAAGCGAUUGUGAAGCAUUAAUCUCAUUUCAUCAAAACCUCAGAGGUCUUUUAAUCCAUUAUAGAUGCUUACACACAAUCACAUUACCAUUUGAGAGAAAGUGGGGUUUUUUGUGCACAGGACCGAUCACAUCUGAAUAUUUUGUCAUUUAUGGCAGCUUUUCUAUUUACCUCAUGAAAUUAGGUCUUUAUUCCUUUCCAGCUUUGCUUCUUGCUUGCUAAACAUUCGUUUUUCGAUUUCUAAGAUUUGUUAGCAUGAAUUACGUUUUUAUACAAAGUGUAUUUGCAGCCAAAAUAUAUUUUUCUGACUUGCGCCUUUAACUUGCCAAACAUAUUGUGCCGAAAUGAAGACAGCCUUAAUGUUUCAUAAAAAUUUAGCAUGGGUAAAAACCACUAGCUUUCAAGUUUGCCACAAGUGCUACAAUUCUAUCUGUGGAUGUGACUACAGCCUAGUUUUUGCUUAUUGCUGUUUUACUACUGGCUUCAGAAUAUGUAUUUCUUUAAAUUCCAGUAUGUUUUCUUUGUUUAAUCUCAGAUUAAAUGCUUCGAAAUGAAGCAUUGUUUACACAAAGGUGGCUUGUUGGAGACUAUGAUCUUUGGUCUGUUUUGUUCAAGAUUUGUUUUGUUCAAGAUUUCCUUCUACAGA